ACACAAGGAAGAGGAUCAUUCCUGUAGCAUCAUUCUUCUGACUACGCAUAAUUAUGGGAAACAAUAGCAGCUCCACAGUAGAUGAUCUGCAGGCUGUCGAGAUCCACCACUGGUACAAAAAGUUCAUGAUGGAGUGUCCUUCUGGACAGCUGACGGAGCAUGAAUUUAAACAGUUUUUUGGGCUUCGAGGGCUGGAUCCAGAGGCCAAUGAGUACAUUGAGCAGAUGUUCCGCACAUUUGAUAUGAACAAGGAUGGAUAUAUUGACUUCAUGGAAUAUGUGGCUGCCCUCAGCCUCGUUCUCCGUGGGAAGAUGGAGCAGAAAUUGCGGUGGUAUUUCAAGCUCUAUGAUGUAGAUGGCAAUGGCUGCAUUGAUCGACAUGAAUUGCUCAACAUUAUUAAGGCUAUUCGAGCUAUUAAUGGUGGUGACCAUGAAACUAGUGCAGAAGAGUUCACCAACCGAGUCUUCAACAAAAUUGAUGUGAAUGGAGAUGGUGAGCUUUCUCUGGAUGAAUUUGUGGAGGGAGCAAGGAAAGACGAGGAGUUCAUGGAGGUUAUGAUGAAAAGUUUGGACCUGUCACACAUUGUGGCCAUGAUCAACAACCGUCGGCAUAGUGUAUAAAUCAAGCUCAGAGAAAAUGCUGUGCCAAUAGACAGAAGGGUGUACACACACCAGAAAGGAGAGACAACAUUGCCCCAAAUAAAAUUUCCAUAAACAUGCAUAUGGAAGUAGGAACAGAAAGACACUGCUAAAUGUGUGUAUCUGAGUGCAUAUUCUUGUACAAAUACUGAAGCUCAGCCACAUACAGGCAGGGCAGGUUCAGCAAAAUUGGAUCUGGGUGGCAGUAUUUAACUUGACUUCCUAAAAUUUAAAGGCCAAGUGUCAGGGCACAGAUUUCCUCCUUAUUCCGUGUCCCAGAUUGUCAGUUUGCAAUGGACUAAAAGAAAUGCUAAGUUUGUGAAGAGCACUAGCAAAACU